UUUCACAAAUUAAGAAUUAAAAAAGGAAAUUUAUUUGUUUCUUGCAUAUCCAUGUUUUUCUCUCAAAAAACUGAUCAAAAAGAGUUCAGAGUUCAGAGUGGUUUGAACAGCAGAUUCAAUCUCUAGAAUUCGAUAAACCCUAAUUCCUUUCGUGCAUUGCAUCAAGUAGCUUCAAUUGGCAACUAAGUUCGAUGAGGGUUCUGCGAUUAGGCUUGUUGCUUGCAUUGGCAUCUGGAUUUGCAGCCAUUUCCAUUUACAUCACUGGACUCUCUGAUCCUUCUGUAUGUAUGUAUAUCCCAAUUAUCAACUCACCGAUGAUGACACUGAAGCGUUGCUUUCCCUCCACAACUCUUUCCAGAAGUGUGUGAGUGCAAAUGGACUUGGUCUUAAAGCAGCUAGGGGCAAUGAUUAUUGUCAAACCACGAUAAAUUUUCCUGGUGACACUAUUCCCAAAUGGAAAGAUCCCAAAACUGGUAAACUUGAAGCUCUAUCUUUCGAUUUUAAUCUAUGUGAAGCUGUGGCCACAUGGGAACAGGUGCGGAACAGCACCACAAUACUCACCAAGGAAUUCAUCGAUUCUUUACCAAAUGGAUGGGAGGAGUAUGCAUGGCGUAGGAUCAAUAAAGGAAUACAGCUCAACCACUGCGAGAACAGGACCUUGUGCUUGGAGAAACUUUCAUUGGUGCUCCCUGAAACACCGCCAUACUUUCCUAGACAGUAUGGGCGCUGUGCUGUUAUUGGUAAUUCAGGAGAUCUCUUGAAAACAAAAUUUGGAAAGGAGAUAGAUGGUUAUGAUGCCGUCUUAAGAGAAAAUGGUGCUCCAACACAGAACUAUACUGAGUAUGUGGGUAGGAAAAGCACAUUUCGUCUUCUAAAUCGAGGAUCUGCCAAAGCACUGGAUAAAGUUGUUGAAUUAGAUGAGCAAAGAAAAGAAGUCUUGAUAGUAAAAACAACCAUUCAUGACAUCAUGAACAAAAUGAUUAAGGAAGUUCCUAUAAAAAAUCCUGUAUAUCUCAUGCUAGGUGCAUCCUUUGGUUCAGCUGCAAAAGGAACUGGUCUUAAGGCUCUUGAAUUUGCCCUCUCCAUGUGUGAUUCAGUGGAUAUGUAUGGUUUCACUGUGGAUCCUGGCUAUAAAGAAUGGACAAGAUAUUUCUCUGAAUCUCGUCAAGGCCAUACGCCGUUGCAUGGUAGAGCUUAUUACCAGAUGAUGGAGUGCUUGGGACUGAUCAAAAUCCAUUCUCCCAUGAGAGCUGAUCCAAAACGUGUUGUGAAAUGGGUUCCAAGCCCCCAUAUUAUAAAGGCUGCUAGGAUUGCAUCAGAGAAAUUACUGAGGAGGUUUGGAGCAGGAUCUGAAGAUCCAUUGCAUCCGUGUUCCAUAAUUAAGAAGCAAGAUAAAAGAAAAUUGAAUGCAGUUUCAAACCUCCGAAAGGCGGCACUUGAUCAUAUAAGGUAUGUGAAGGGCACAACCAUGUAUCCUCUGGAGCGUAGUGUAGGACACGGGUCGCUUUGCACUGUGCCAACUGAUUGAACUAUGCUGAGAUUUUAUGCGUUCAACUUGUGCUUUUGGGAAGCAUCUGGCCGCCUACUAUACAAAAACUUCUGUUAAUUUCUUAUUUUGCAAAAUAUGUUAUCCACUUGAAAAAAUGUCAACACAGCUUCCUACUCAGCGUGUGGUGGCAAAUAUGCAAUUUUUUAAAAAUCUUUCUCAUUCUUUUUUCUUUGAAAACUACAAAUACUUGGAUUUUUGGUUGAGGACAAGAUGAUAGAACAGCUAGGACACAAUUUUGAGGCAUCUGUGCUGCUGAGUUGAACCUUAACGAAUUGAGCUGUAAUGAAUGUUAUUAUUUAAACACUUUUUACAUCUGUUUAGCCAUAAAAUCAUAAUAUUAUUUCCUCAAA